UAGCGUCAAGAAAUACGCAGAAAAAUCAAAAUAAUUUCAGCUGAGAUUCUGUUUUUAAUAUUUUUAAAUUUUCAAUUGUUUUUGAAUUUGAUAUCGACUAGAAAUACAAAGGUUAAUUUAUAGGUGGUAUUUUAAAAAGGACAAAAUCUCUUUUUUCAAUUAUAUUGUGUACAAUGCCCGUAGAGCAAAUACAAUACUCCGAAAGAUAUCAAGAUGAUAUUUACGAAUACAGACAUGUUAUACUGCCACCAGACAUUGCUCGGCUUGUGCCCAGAUCACAUUUAAUGACAGAGACUGAAUGGAGAAAUCUUGGAGUACAACAGAGUCCGGGCUGGCUCCACUUCAUGGUGCACAAUCCUGAGCCACAUGUCCUACUAUUUAGAAGACCACGGACUGACACACAGGUUCUUGUCAAUGGGCUAGAUGCAACCAAUAAUUCGGCUGUCAAAGUAUGAGUUAAGUUUGUAUGAUUUUGUUUUAUACUCUAUUUGAGAACAGUUACGUUUUCUUUGACCUCAUUGAUUAACCUGUAAAUUUAAGAAUAGCUGUAAUGACAUUGGAAUACUUGAUGCGUUCCACACAACAUCAGUGCUGCUCACAUAUUUUUAUGUAAAUAUAUUAAAUAUUUAAUACUUAUUUAUACUAAAGUUUUAAGUGACACUAGCUGUAAUAUAUGAAUGCAGAUCUGGUUCUUUCUGCAAUGGAUUUAUUACUCCCAAUAAUUAAUUAGCAAUUAUUUAGAGUUCGGAAGUUUUUGGCAUUUCAGAUAUUCAUGGCUGCUGUUCUCAUUUACAAUUAGUUGAGCCACUUGAGUAAGAUAAAUAAAGUCUUAUAUAAAAAGAAUAAUUUAUAUUGUUAAAAUACCACCAUUAGGGAUGGGCUAUAAAACUGCAUAAAACUUAAAGUGAGCUAUGUCCAAAAAGUAUAUUAAUAUUAUAUAGGAAUUAAGACUGUUUCUGUUCGUCCUAUUGUAUAAGUGGUGUAAUAUGUAACAAAUUUAUUUUAAUGUUGGGUACCUAAAUACAUAUUUUAUUGUUAAUUUCACAUGCAAUGAUUUGCUUGUUGUCAGCAGUGCCUUUGCUGAUUAAUAAAAUGAUAACAUAUUAUAAA